AUGCUAAGUUGGCCUGAUAAUUUCCUGUUGACACAACAGGAAACGCUCAACAUAUCCGUGUUAGCAUUUCUUCUUCUUUCCCUUAAUGGCAGAUUGCAAACAACAUUGCGAGGUAGCAGAAGAAACAAGAUGCCAGACCACUGUGCAGCAUAUGCUUGCUCAAAUAGGCGGACCCUCGCAAAUAGGGCUCGGGGGAUUAGUUUUCACAAACUCCCAAAUCUUCCGUUUUCAUUUGGAAGGUUUCCCAAGGACAAAUAUAUGAGGAAGAAGUGGGAAGUGGCUCUGAGGAGAGAAGGAUUCACCGCAAGUGAUUCAUCAGUGCUUUGCAGUCAACAUUUUAAGCAGGGCGAUUUUGAUAGGACGGGUCAGAUUAUCCGACUCCGAGAUGGUGUUAUCCCAUCCGUCUUCAGCUUCUCGGUUCACCUCCAAAGAUUGGAAAAGGGCAGGACUACGUCUACCUCCAGAAGAGCUGAAGAAAGCAUGUCCGUGGCCUCUCAGGAUGCCCAAGAAACGGCGACCUCACCUCCACAACCUCAGCCUAAUGAUGAUCAUGGCUAUGCCUUGCCUGCUUCUCCUACCGCUGUUAAGACCCGACUCAAUGAAGCCUUGGCAAGACUGGAAAGUCUGGAGCGAGAGAAGAAGAAUGCCAUGGCCAGAGAAAAGAGGGCAAAGACCACCGUGACAAGUCUUUUGGGGGAUUUGAGGAAAAAGAACCUCAUUAAUGAAGAGCUCAAAGAGAAGCUUGAAUUCUACUCCGAUCUUCAGAUAGACCUCAUGGCAAAGCAGGGCCAUGGGUACACCAAGGACUACAGAGAGUUUGCGCUCAUGCUCCAUCUCCACGGUCCAAAGGCAUACAAAUACCUCCGAGAGACUCGACAUUUUCCCCUCCCACAUCCGCAUACGUUACAAAGGUGGAUGCCAAGCCUGGCCUGAACAAGCGGUGGCUGGAUGUGCUGGAGAGAAGGUGCCAGGGAGACCAGGUUCAAUAUGGAUGUGUUUCACUCACGUUGGAUGCCAUGUUCAUCAGAAAACACGGUGUUGCUACCGAGGCUCUUGUGUUCAUGGGGGUUGGCCUACAAGGACAUUGGAAGUCUGGGAAGGAAGGACAUAGGGAGUCAGGUGGCUGAGCGGUUAGGGAAUCGGGCUAGUAAUCUGAAGGUCGCCAGUUUGAUUCCCGGCUGCGCCAAAUGACGUUGUGUCCUUGGGCAAGGCACUUCACCCUACUUGCCUCGGGGGGAAUGUCCCUGUACUUACUGUAAGUCGCUCUGGAUAAGAGCGUCUGCUAAAUGUAAGUCAAGUCGAAGUCGAGUCAAAGUCUCCCAUGGCUUACUUCCUGACCAAGUCUCUCUCUCCAGAGACUCGAAGGGUCCUUGUCAGUCAUGCUUUGGAGGAGCUGCAUGCACGGUGCAUUUGGGUGAUAUUUGUGUACCAAUGGAUGGGCUUGCCUCCAAUGUCAGCGUGCAACCAACUUGGGUGGACUGUGAGCUGAAGGGAGACUCACGAGAGCCGCUUCAAACCAGUUUCUGGCAUCCGGUGACUGGCAAGAAAGUAUGUGUAAGGAUGGACGCUUACCGCGUGCUCAAGUUGGCAUGUAAUAUGUUGCAGGUAAAUGAUGAUCGUCCGGGAGGAGUUCGGAAUGGAGGAUGUUGUUCUGCUUGGGGAACAUUGAGGAGACACAGUUUGGCAUCGACAACCUGAACUCAGGUUGACACGGAGUCUCUUGUUGAAAAAAUAAACGACCUCUGUCCCCG